AUGGUGUACAUCCGCCAGCAUCAACUCCCCAAACUACGGGAAUAUCGUUAUGCGGGAGUCGACCAUUCGUUAAUAAGCCGAUAUGUCCUGAAGCCGUUUUAUAAUCACUUUGUGAUCAAAUGUUUCCCUAUGAGCAUGGCUCCCAACGCUAUUACCCUGACAGGGUUCUUUUUCGUGGUAGUCAACCUCUUGACCAUCCUUUGGUAUAACCCCAACCUAGACCAAGAUUGCCCGCCGUGGGUCUAUGCCAGUUGCGCCUUGGGGUUGUUCUUAUAUCAAACCUUCGAUGGAGUAGACGGAAUGCAAGCCCGGAGAACUAAACAGAGCGGACCGUUGGGCGAGCUGUUCGAUCACAGUGUCGAUGCAUGCAACACUGCUCUUGGUGUUUUGAUAUUCGUGGCAGCAAUGAACCUUGGCCAGUCGUGGUCUUCGAUUCUGACCCUUUUUGGAUCCACCAUGACCUUCUAUGUCCAAACAUGGGACGAGUACUACACCCAGGUCCUGACCCUAGGUAUCAUCUCGGGCCCCGUUGAGGGAGUGUUGACUUUGUGCAUCGUCUUCGGAUUCACGGCCUACAUGGGCGGCGGUAGCUUCUGGCACCGCCCAAUGCUCGAGACUGUGGGCGUUCCGAAGUUGGAUUUCAUCCCGGAGCAGGUCUACGACAUGCCCUUUACGCAGUGGUACCUAGUCUACGGCGCCUUCGUUCUGUUCUUCGCUACUGGCUCGAGUAUUGUGCACGUCAUGAAGGUCCGCAAGGAACGUGGUCAAGACCCCUUCCAGCCGCUACUCGGCCUCCUGCCCCUUGUUGCGACGUGGACUCUUGUUCCGGCUUACUUGUACCUCCAGCCCUUCAUCCUGGAAAACUACGCCAUCCCAUUUAUUCUGUUCGUCGGCCUGGUCAAUGCGUACUCCGUCGGAAAAAUGAUCUGCGCACACCUCGUCAAGGCUAGCUUCCCGUUUGUCAACGUUUUGCUUUGCCCGCUCGCUUUGGGUGUGCUCGAUAGCGCCGGACCAGUCUUUGGUCUCUGGCCAAGCGUCCUGGGCGAUGGGUCCGGCCAGGUUGCUUUCGUUUUCGUGUGCCUGGGUCUGUCGAUUGGUGUUUAUGGCAGUUUUAUUCACGACAUCAUCACGACGAUAUGCGAUUAUAUUGAUAUUUGGUGCCUCAGCAUCAAGCACCCUUACGUCGAAGGGGCGGAGACCGCCAACGGAGAUGCGUCGAAGAAGUCCCAGUGA